UCUUCUGUACGUCAGUCGUGCCGAAAGUUUAACUGGGAUGAUGAUGCGGUGGAAGAGGCCGCAGUGUGGGGUUUGAGCCCCUCGAAGUUUUUUAGAGGGAGGGGGUGAGAAGUCAAAACGCGUUCAGAACAGGGAGGAGGAGUACGGCUGGACGGGCUGGAGCAGACACAGACAGACCUGCAGGGAGGACCGACCUCCAACCUCUUGUUCGGACUGAAGCGUCGGUGAAAAGCUGCAUCGGCAGAGACCCUGAAACCACCAUGGCUGUGUCGCUGCGGAGCUGGGUCGCCAACGAGGGAGGGAAGCACUUGGUCCUGAUGCUGUGGAUGGGAGCCAACACCUGGCUUUUCCUCAACACCUUCCUGCUGUACUCCACAGGGCAGCAGUACCACUACCUCUACCAGAUGCUCGGGGUCGGACUUUGCAUCAGCCGAGCGUCUGCCUCUGUGCUGAACCUGAACUGCAGUUUGGUGCUGCUGCCCAUGUGCCGCUCUCUGCUCACCUUCAUACGAGGAGUACGCAUGGUAUCGAGCAGAAAGACGCGCAGGCUGCUGGACAAGAGCAAGACCUUUCAUGUUGCAUGUGGCGUUGCUGUCUGCCUCUUUUCAGUUGUGCACGUUUCAGCCCACAUGGUGAAUAUGGUCAACUUCAGCACGAGUUACUCAGAUGACUUUCCUGCUCUCAACUUGGCUCGCUAUAGAGGAGAGGAUCCAAAGCUCAUCAUUUUAACAACAAUCCCAGGAGUCACUGGAGUCCUGCUGGUCCUUAUCCUCCUCCUGAUCUUCAUUUCCUCCUCCUACUGCAUUCGGGUGUCCAACUAUGAGAUCUUCUGGUACACACACAACCUCUUCAUUGUCUUCUACAUCAUCCUGAUGGUGCACAUGGUUGGUGGAGCACUGAAGUAUCAAACCAACAUUGAGGCCCACCCACCUGGCUGCCUCAGGCCUAAUCAAAGCAGCAUGGAGCAACAUGUUGAUCUGGACCAGCUAGAAGAUGAUGAUGGCAGAUGUAGAGAGGAUGCUCACUUUGAACCACAUAGCCCUCAGACCUGGCUCUGGGUGUCCGGUCCACUCUGUUUCUACUGCGUGGAACGUUUCUACCGCUACACCCGAAGUAGUGCCCCCGUUACUAUAGUGGCCGUCAUCAGGCAUCCUUGUAAUGUCAUUGAGUUGCGCAUGCUGAAGAAGAACUUCAAAGCUCGACCUGGACAGUAUAUUGUCCUUAACUGUCCAAGUGUGUCUUCAUUUGAGAACCACCCCUUCACAUUGACAAAGUGCCCCACAGUGAAGGAGACUUUCGGGAUCCAUCUGCGAGUCGUGGGAGACUGGACUGAGCGCUUCACACAGCUGCUACUUCCUCAGCCAAGGAUGGACUUGGAGAUUCUUCCCGUGGUCCAACAGAGGACAUACCCCAAGCUUUACAUUGAUGGUCCAUUUGGAGGUCCGUCUGAGGAGGUUUUCAACUACGAUGUCAGCCUUUGUGUUGCUGGAGGAAUUGGUGUCACGCCGUUUGCCUGUGUACUGCAUGCUCUGCUUGAUGGCUGGAGUCGCUUCAGGUUACAGAGGCUGUACUUUGUGUGGGUCUGCAGGGAGCUUCAGUCAUUCUACUGGUUUGCAGAGCUGCUAUGUGCCCUUCAUCAAAAGCUUUGGCAGGAGAACAGACCGGACUACUUUAAUAUGAAACUGUAUGUCAGUCAGACAGACAAUCUGCAGAGCAUGUCUGAAGAGCGGUUCCGCCCACUUGCAUCGAGGUUGCUGGUUGGUCGGCCGAGGUGGAAGCUUCUUCUUGAUGAGAUUGGAAAAAACAACAAACACAGGCGAGUUGGAGUUUUCUGUUGCGGACCCAAAGGCAUCUCUAGGACUCUCCACAGGCUGUGCAACUCAGCCCGAUCAUGUGGGACAACCUUUGAAUUCAACAAGGAGUCAUUCAGCUGAUUGAACAUCACGGCUGGUUGGAGUGAAUGAAUGGAUCUUCUUUCAUUUUAGGGCAGGAGCUCUAUCUGAAGUACAUGUCUCAAUACCUUGAGGAUUUCUUCCUGUCAGGAGUCAUCUGGCAUUAAGAAAGCUGUCCAAAAAAACUCUAAGACAAAGAUCAGCCUGACCUCAAGCUGAGCGCUUUAUAGCUGCCUCAGCUUCAGGCAUGGGAUCCUGUCAGCAUGAAGAAAAAGCCUCAUGCUCAGAGCGUCCACUCCUAAUCUUAUGCUCUUCUCAAGCUUCGACGCAACCCUCUGUUGAGGAUCUUUGUUUCUUCAUGCUGGAGUCUAAUAUGAGAAAAAUGUCUGACUCAACCUGCAAGAUGAUAUCAAACCAGAGGGAAUCCAUUCUUCCAAGGGCCAAAAAUGGUCCAAAAAAGGUGCAAUCACUCAGGGAAGACACAGGCUGUUUUCAUGCAAGCAGUGCAAUGAAAUGCUGAAAUUAGGUUCAUGCUACAAUAUAUUUACCUUUUUUUUCAUCCAAAGUGUCCCUAUACGUAAAUACUUCGAAUAUGUGAUAGAUGAGGCUCCCAGUCUGUCACCAAAUACAUGUUUUGUUAGUGUCUAGCCCCCUUAUGCUUAUUGAAGUUCAGAAAAAUGCAGUUCUUACAGUAAAUAAAUCUUCCUCCCUCUUACCGAUUUCUUCUUUUGUAGCUUUUUUUUGGUCACACUUAAGACAGUGAGACUAAUUAACAUUUAAGUUGUUCAAAAAAGAAGGGUCACUUCUAAUAAUUCAUUACUUGAUGAUAAAAGUGCUUCAGCUGAACAAUGUUUCAAUCCUGACUUUUAGUCACAGUGCUGAUGCAAGCAUUUUUUUUGCAGCACCAGGUGGCUUUAUUUUUUUAUCAUUUUUUUUAAGUAGGCAGACAGGAAGUGGAGAGAGAGGAAGACAUGCAGCCAAGGUUCUCUGGAGUCGGGACUCGAACCCGGGACGGCUGCGUCAAAAUCUGAGACCUCCUUAUAUGGCUCCCAGCUCCCACCGCUACGCCAAGCGCCGCGCCCAAAUGCAAGCAUUUUGUAGUUGUACGCUCCGAGCGUAUCAUAAUCCACAUCAAUCCGAUUUAUACACUUGACAGCUCAGCAAAACCGUGUUUUUGUUCCUUUGUUCGUUAGGCUUAACUUGAGUUUGAAUUUUAAACUUGUAAUCAUGUUGGUGCUGCUGAAUGUUGGCCUUUAGACGCACCAGAACUGCCAACAUUUUAAGCUGCUUCAGAUUUGCUCUGAUUUAAAAAGAAACGAUUUAAUACUGCAGACCAAUUGCGUCCUGCAACAACUUUUCUCAGCAGUUAUGUUAUGACAGUAGUUGUGUGUAAGUCACUGACUUCAAUAGCAUUCAUUCAAAAAUGCCUAACCCGGGACCCCGAUCCAGUAAUUGAAAUUGAACAUUCAUAGUUUAACUGAAAAUAAAUAUUGAAGCUAAUGAGAAAAGUGGGACAGGACAUCAGCUCUAUGUAGACUGCUUGCUAUAAACUAUGCUCCACACACCUUAGGAGGGUGUCACUGUCACUUUUAUUUGAAAAUAAAAACAAAAUGGUGUUUAAUUCAUUUAUGAGAUGUUCACAUGUUAAGAUCUGAGGAUUUUUCAUAUUUUUUUAUGAGGAACAACUAAAAUGCAGUUGUCACAUUAUAUAGUCUUGUCUCGUCACUUCAUUAUUUAUCCAUUAUUUUGUGUUCAUUGUGCGCCAAAGGUUAACCAUCACAAACCAUCUUGAGCAGUUCUUCACAAUUAAUCCAGCCAGUUUGUUUCUUAUUUAUUUUUUUCUUGUGUCUAUGAAAUGUUUAAUUAAUAAGAGAUUUGUCCCAAUUAAGUUAAACUUAAGUCAAACUUAUGAGCUCUGGCAGUUUUUAAUUUUUUUAUAAAUGUUGGUUUAGUAUUUCUUUUUCUGUAUAGAAAGAGUACAAGUAUUGAUAAAAUUAUUGGUUACAUAGCAAAAUUAAAAUGUUUACAGUUGAAGCCACAUGUUCGCAUACACUGUAUAAAUAUACCUGUUUUAGACCAAAAGGUAAUCAGGACUUUGUGAUGGCCACUCCAAAACUUGGACUUUGUUGUGCUUAAGCCACUUUGUGGUGUAAUAUGGUGGUAUGAUCAUUUGGAAGACUCAUCUCUUUUGUCUUCCUCUCUGAGUGGCUUUUUAGCCCUUGUCGGUACAGGACUUAUUUCACUGUGAAUAGUGACAUUCUCUAACCAGCUUCAGUCAGCAUCUUGAUAAGGUCUAUUGCUUUUAUCCUGGAGUUAAUUCGCACAUUUCCCAUUUAACAGGUUCAUCUCAGGGACAGAGAACCCAUCUUCCUCCUGAAAAAUACAUUGUCUGGAUAUUACCAUGCUGUUUAUACUCACAUAUUGUUGUUUGAACAGAUUAAUGUUGCACAUCAGACAUCUGGAAAUUGUCUUAUUUAAUGUCUGACUGUGAGAAAAAACAAAAACAUCUUUACACCGUGUAUGUAAACGUAUGGUUUCAACUGCAAUUAAAAAGUACAUUUCUUUUUGUAAGGAGAAUUUCUUUAGUUUUUUUUGUCUCUCAAAAUGUAGUUAGUAUUUAAUUUAAAUGCAUGUAAAAUGUUACAUUGUUAAUUUCCCUGCCAUGGUAACUUCUAUUUUAAAGAACAAUCCAAAGUAUGGAAAGAGAUUUUUUAAUUUAUUGUACUCUGAUUACAUUCAUUGUGUCUAUUGUUAUCCAACAUAAGAUCAGAGUUUGUGGAAGUUACUUUGGCAUCAACACAACAUUUGAUGGCUACAAAUCUGUAAUCUUACAUGUGAAACCAAAAUAAAGUGAAUCGAUUAUGAAA